AUGGAAACUGACGUAGUGCGACCACGGAUCGUUGUCGGUCUGGAGCUGGUAGGAACUGCUUCUCUCUUGCUAGUUCUCGCACGUCUGGUAUUCUUCGGCAUCUUUUCCUUUUUCAUAGGGUAUAGCAAGAGGUGCAACCGCCACUUCACAUACGCUUCGACGGAGAAAAAAGGUAACGCUAAGGGAAGUCCAGUUGGAGGCCCCGCGAAGCGAACAAGGAAAAGAAAAGAGCACAAUAAAGAGAAAAUGAGUUUCCGAAGACAAAGUUUUAGGGAUGGUUGCCAAACAGGCUUUGUUCCGGGGGAUUAUGAUAUCUCCCACGGACCUCCACACGAAGGAGGCACUUGGCCCCAUGGUCAUAAGUACGGCUCGCAGAGGAGCAUGAGUUGCAGAUCGUGCGGAAGUGGGGUACGGUUACCCAACAACAGCUUUCUUAUGAGCCGCGCCGGAGGAUAUGGCCAGCGGGAGAGCAGCUUUUCCGGGAUGUGCCGUGCCUCGCAGUACGGAAACUUCGCCACUUACGGCAUGAUGGGUAGUGGCUACCGCAGUUUCGGUGCUUCCGGGUUUGGGGCCGUUGACGGGGGUUCCAUGUACCGCGGUUACCAAGAUUCAAUGCCGGUGCAAAAACUGUUCAGCAGCCGACGAGACCGCGGGCGGGUGCCAUCACAGGUGGGAUUCUUCCGCCGCCCUUCUCAACUGAGCUGGUCAAACUCCAGCAACUACGUACAAGUUUCAAAAUCGUUGUACGGUAUCGACGGUGGUGUUUCCAAGGAGCCCGCGCGAUCCGAAGUCGGCCGGAAAUUUUCAGUGGCCGGGGAAGCAACGAUGUCGGCUAAUGGUCUGGGUGAAGCGAAACCUCCACAAGCGUUGGGAUCGCGAAUUGCAGAAAAGUUCGCUGGCAAGUCCCACUCCCUCCAUCCUAGAGAGGGGGCUCCCGUCAGGAAGAACAGCCCGUUCGCAGUUGAUGCUCGGCAGGCUCGCACUAAGAGUCCGGCAAGUUAUGAUCUUGCUGACGCGGAAGAUUUUCACAUCAUGGAGGGGCAUGCAUCCCCUGUGUGUGAAGCGACCCGAGCAAUCGUUGAGACAGUGAGUGAUGGGUCGAGUCGCACGAUUAUAACCGCAGAAAGCAACAACGUGGCGUUAGAUAUUCCGCUAUCAAGGACUGUUGGGGAGGUUGUGCACCCACUGGCGCGCGUGGGGUCCGCAUUUGGGGAAGGCACCGAGGAUACACAAGAACAAACAAGUGUGGCAAGUAAAGGCGAAACCUCAAACACGUACGGGCGCCACAGGCGACCUUUCUUGAAACGGAGUUCCUCUUUGCACCGGCCGCGUGGUGUUAACGCGGUUAAUAUUUCCAUUGCUGAGUUUCCAGAGGCGGAGGAAGUUCAAGAUAGUCUUGAGGGUGAUAUCUUAAAUACGAGAAACUCCACCGGAGUCCCGCACGACACCAACCGGCCGCGGCGAAAUCAGGUUUCUGAAGCAUGUGAUGUGCUGCAUCCGACGUCGAAUGAGGAAACGGCCGGUGGUGGUGAAAAAUUUGCGAGCUUGCGGCCAAACACGAACCGAGGGUCGCACAUGCAAGCAGGGGAGUCCGACAUAAGGGGGAAGCUGGCGACGGAUGGGUGCACCGGGUGUGGACCGGAUAUUGCUCGUACCCAGUCUCCAGGCUCUCAGGGGGAGCUCCUCUGUGAUGGGAAUACGCGUGCGGCGGACGGUGCAACACCUGUCACAGAGACCGCCAGCAUCAAGGAAAGUCAACGAAGGACGCGGACAAACGAGGAACAGCGGCAUCCGAAAGACCUUAAAACGAACCGUAUAAAAACAGUUGUACUGGUGGAGAAGGUGCCGUCCACCUCAACCCCGCUUUUGGUCGAGGGAAACAACAUUAGCUACCGUGGGUCAAAGCAUGAAGCCCAUGAAGUGGUCAUCCGCAACCCCAGUAGCACGAACUUUUACUCUACCACUCUGAACGGUGUCAAGGAUGCCGUGUGUGACGGCUACAACGCUUCUGUGCUUUCCGUGGAGGCGCCAAAUUCCGACAUGCUGUUUCGAUCACCUGUGUGGCCAUAUCUUACUCGCAUUGUGCGCGGCGUGUUGCAGCGGUGUCAAACAACGGCUGACUCCAUCGUGAGCGUAACUUCAGCUCUCGGGUUUUUCCAUGAUGACAAAGUGAAAGACCUUUUUGACCUGAACGGUGGCAGGUUUGAGACGAUGCAAGUACAGCCAUCUCCGAUUUAUGGCCCGCGUAUUCCACAGUUGCGGUACACCAAAGUUACGUCCAGCAUGGCAUUUGAUGAGUCCCUAAACAAGGCGUUAAGCCGUGCCAGUACAGAUCCAAUUCUCUCCACCAUGACGGGUGGUGUCCUGGUCGCCCUCCUUCUUGUCAAGCAAAGCCGUAUAGUAAGAACAGAGUCGGGUGAGAGUACGUGUGAUGUUUUGCUCUCUUCACUUGUAUUUGCCUCCUCUGGGAGUGGCACGCACCCGUACGAUUCUGCCAUAUCGCGUGUGAAGAAUGAGUACUGCAUGCUUUUUCAUCUCGUACUCGGUGGCCCUUCCCAUACAUGCUUUCUGUUGAGUCUCUCCACGGCUGACGAAAGCGAUGAAGAGGUCAACGGCAAGGAGAUUGUAGAGAAUCUCCUCGAGCUGCACCGCAAAAUGCAUUCCACCUACAACUAUCCGCUUCGUAACGGAUCCGUGACACGAUUCGUAAAGUACGUAAUGGCUGCGAAUAAGGAAGGCAUCGAACGCCUCAAGCACGAGGAAGAUCCUGAAAAGAAAAAUAGGUUAAAGCGCUACGUGCAGGAACAAACCCGACUUCUGAACGACGCGACGAAAAUGUUGAAAGACGCCGAAGCCGAGCUUCGAGCGCGUGCCAACCAGCCCCGUUAG